GAGAGCUGUCUGAUUUUGCUCCAUUUUCAGCUGGAGACUAAAUGACACCAAGCAGAGUCAACUGUUAGGUUAGUUUUCCAGAAAUCAACUGGUGAAAACAGACCAUGCAGGCUGUGGGUUUGCUCUAUUUCUUGCUGCUUACUAGUUUGUGUUUUGACUUAGCUCAAAAUGAAAGAAAUGAAAUGUCUGCAAGGCAAAGGAGAAGGCUGCAUAUUAGAAGAUUUAGGAAAGGUUCUUCAUCAAAUCACAGGUCAAAUAGGCAAUCUAGGAUUGAGCACACAACUAGAACUACUGAAGCACCGAGACUUCCCCUUGUGAAUGUGGAUGAUAGUAUUGUGGAAAUCUAUGAUUCUCUUGUAGAUCUCCGGGGCGGAGAAUCGAGUUAUAAUGUUUUACCAGGAAAGAAGGGGCACUGUUCAGUUAAUGGGAUGAUUAUGUACAACAAGGCUGUAUGGUCUCCCAAGCCAUGCCUUAUUUGUCUCUGCUCGAAUGGAAACGUGGUCUGUGAUGAAACCAUAUGCCAUCCUCAGACAUGCCCCAGAACAAUGAUACCUGAUGGAGAAUGUUGCCCAGUCUGUUCUGAUUCCCAUUCUCUGCUAGAUGACAAACCUGAAUUUUCUGGCGAUUCUCCUGACCCAAAUGAUCCCAGUGAUCCGCUUCCUCUGCAACCAUCACCUAACCAAGGGGGAGAGGGUCAGUCCCUUGGGAGAGAGGAACUCAGAUUUAAGGAAGAGGAAAUUCACAAAAGGAAAGAGGAGCAAAAAAAGAAUACUGAAGAGGAAAGGCUAAAAGGUGUUCAACUUGAAGAUGCAGAAGCAAAGGCGGAAGAAAAACGAAAGUUAUACGAAGAAGAAGAACGCAGAAUCGAAGAGGAAGAGCUAAAGAGAAGGAAACAAGAAGAGGAAAAUGAGAAAAAUCUAAAUGAAGAAAGGUUACUAAAUGAAGGGGAUGAGGAAGGCGAGGAAGACGAGGAAGAUGAGGAGGAAGAAGAGGAGGAAGAGGAUGUUUUACGAGGAGAUGUUUUCAGAAUGCCUUCUCGCUUCCCAAUACCUGUUCCUCCCAUAGAGGCCCCUCCUUUGCCAAGUGCAUGUUCCAUCUCUGACAACACAGUUAGCUGCAUAAAUGCCAAACUUACGCAAAUACCACCAAUCACGGAUCCGGAGUUAACCAAUUUGGAACUUGUAGGAAAUGCUAUAACUUCUAUCCCAGAUGAAGCCUUUAAUGGAAUCCUGAAUUUGGAAAGAAUUGAUUUUAGCAAAAACAACAUCAGCUCCUCUGGCAUAGGUCCGCAAGCAUUCAAGCUCCUGAAGAAGUUAAAGCGCUUGUAUUUGGAUGGAAAUAAUUUGUUACAGAUCCCGCCAGACUUACCAUCUGAAUUAGAAGAACUUAAAGUCAAUGAGAAUAAUCUCCAAGCUAUUGACGAAGAUAGUCUAUCAGAGUUAAAAAAUCUGGUCACCCUAGAAAUGGAAGGAAACCAACUCAGUGAAGCAAAUGUAAACCCUCUAGCUUUCAUAUCCUUGAAGAGCCUAUCUUACUUGCGCUUGGGCAGAAAUAAAUUUAGAACUAUACCGCAAGGCCUUCCUGCUUCUAUUGAGGAACUGUAUCUGGAAAAUAACCAAAUUGAAGAAAUCACAGAACUCUGCUUUAACCACACUAGAAAUAUCAAUGUCAUUGUACUGAGGAAUAAUAAAAUCGAUGAGAGCAGGAUAGCACCUCUGGCUUGGAUAAACCAGGAAAAUUUGGAGUCCAUCGAUCUUUCUUACAACAAGUUGUAUCACGUUCCUUCUUAUCUACCCAAAUCCUUACUGCAUCUGGUGUUGAUCGGAAACCAAAUUGAACGAAUUCCAGGAUACGUGUUUGGGCACAUGGAACCGGGGCUAGAAUACUUAUACCUGUCGUUUAACAAACUCAACAAUGAUGGAGUAGACCCAGUGUCUUUCUUUGGGGCUUAUCAUUCGCUGAGGGAAUUCUUUCUGGAUCACAAUGAUUUAAAGACUAUACCAUUUGGAAUUCCAGAGAUGAAAGCACUGCAUUUUCUGAGGCUGAAUGACAACAAGAUACGGAGUGUUCCUCCAGAACGUAUUUGCAAUUCUGAAGAUGAUGGAGAUUCAAGUCUGGAGCAUCUUCAUCUUGAAAACAACUAUAUUAACACAAGAGAAAUUUCACCAUAUGCAUUUUCAUGCAUAAGAUCAUACUCAAGCAUUGUUCUUAAGCCACAAAAGAUAAAAUGACACAUUACCUUCCAUCAUGCCACCCCUGACCUUACAAAACCAUUCACCUGAGUAUUAGCAAAAAGGUGUUAAUAGCAUUACUCCUAGUAGCAUGUGUUAUUUCAGAAAGUUGAUCACCACCUAAAACUACCUCUUACGGUUAAGCAUAUAAACACGCACGAAAUAUAUCAAAUGAUUAGAGGCUUUGACCACUCAUAUACUAAUCACCUGUGUCUAAAUCAGUGCCUAAAGUAACUUCUAGAAUAAAACAUUUAACAUAGGCAAGUUCACUUUCUCUCUGUGCUAAGGUUGCUGGAGGUUCUGAUGAAUGUCAGCCAAUAUCUGCCAUUUUAAAACCAACUCUCAAACUCUGUUGGUCAAAUUCUAUCCAGCUAAUCGAAUACCACUUCCAGUUCUCCUUCUCCACACCCCAUUCCCUCGAAGCCCUGCCUCUCUUUUCUUGUGUCUUUAUUUCAAAGAUGACAUUCUCUAGGUGACAAUGUAAUUAAAAAAAAAGGAAAUAAAUACCUAUAAUAGAGGGCACCUCGAUCUA